AUGCAGCCCUCCGUCGUGACAACAGAUGCUUUCGCGUCUCCGUCCGUUUCCCAUUCCCGUUCCCGCCUGGUCACGCCGGACAGCAGCGCCGGCGUGGCAGCGAGUCUUAGCAACGGCCUCGACAAUGUCCAUCUCUCCUCGCCAGCACCAGCGCCAUCGACCAUCCGACGCGAUGCCUUGAACAUGUCGGCCCUUGCUGCUGCUGUAGAGGGCGUCGAACAAGGUGGGAACGGGCAAAAUGCACCCCCGGGUACGCCGCCCAUGGCGCAUGGGGCACUGCGACCGCCAGACACCUUGACCCCGCCGGCCCGGCCCAGCUCGCGCAGACAAAGCAAUCGCCGGGCAUCCAACCUGUUGGCCGCGUACGAUUUUGACAAGGAAGAGCUGCCGUCCCACCGGCUGUACAGCCAAGAGGUGCAGCAAGCUCUCCAGAAAAGCAAGUCCCUCCUGGAAAGCCUAUCUGCGGCACUUGGCAGCAGCGCCAGCCGCAUGCACGAGGACCAGGGCUCAACCAUCCACGGUCUGCACAAGCAAGCCGCUGCCCUCGCCAACUUCCGGCUGCCGCCGUCCUGGACUGUUGGUUUUGUGGGAGAGACUGGUUCAGGGAAAAGUAGCCUUUUGAACUCCCUCUUGCAUCAGAACAAUUUAGCCACGGAAAGUAGCGGUGGAAGAGCAUGCACGUCUGUUGUGACCGAGUACCGCUACCGCGCCGGCAGCCACUUUACCAUUGAAGUCGAGCUGUUCGGCGAAAACGAGCUCGUGGAACAGCUGGCCGGUAUUGUUCGCACGUACCGCAACUACCAUAUGCGGGGCCGUAGUACUCUGUCCACAGACACAUCCAGAGGCGCGCGCAACUCUGGUGCGGCUGAAGCAGAUACGACGACCCAAGACAACGCGCGAGUCGACGCCAAGGAUGCCCUCUCUAUGCUCUGGACCUUGUUUGGCGAAAAAAUCAACGAGCAUAUGCGGCUCCUCUUGGCCGACGACGAGGACCAUGUCCUGGCCGUCCUUUUGAGCGAUCUCCUUGACAAUCGGUGGGCGCUGCCCGCAGAGCCAGCGGUGUUUGACAACGCCAAGGACUGUUCCCGUCGGCUAAUGGAGCUUACGGUGGAUCGCCGUCGGAACGAAGACGAAAGGCCGCCAAAAGAGCCGGUCAAGUGGCCCUACAUUCGCGCAAUCAACGUCUAUUUGGAUUCGCGCAUCUUGAGCAAGGGUCUCGUGCUUGUUGAUCUGCCAGGACUCGGCGACCGAAAUGCGGCACGCGAAGCCGCGACGGAGAGCUACUUGGUGCGGUGCAACGAAAUAUUUGCAGUCAGCCACAUUCACCGUGUCGUAUCCAGCGCCAGUGUGCAGCGCGUCGUCGACCUUGCUCGGCAGGGCCAGGUCGAAAAUGUCGGAAUCAUUUGUACACACGCAGAGGACUUUGGCAAGGGCGUUGAUGAAAUUGCCUCCAGAACGCGUGCAUCCGAGAUUCGGCAGCUCUCUGAACGGGUGGAACAGCUGCAAGAACAAAUCCACGAGUUCGAGGGCGACCUUCGCGCCUUGAAACACGACAACGACUGUGCGAUCGAAGAGAUGAGCAGAGCCGCCUUGGUGGACAUUCUUAAUUUGCAGUCUGCCAUCGAACGAAAAAUGUAG